UGCUUUAGAAAACACUAGCUGUUGACCUUGACUUUGACCUCGAAAGUCACAUUGCUGUUUUCUUACCUUCAAGAUCAAGGAGAGGUAAGGAGGUGCACCCUGCCUGUAGCGACCGCGCCGCCAUAAAGUACUGUUUUCUUGUUGUUUUUCCUACUACAUAUUUCGGCCUUAAAAAAUGUCCGGAUCUUUUGGUACUGCCCAUUCUGAGGAGCGUCUUGCCGCAAGGCAGGAGCUUGAACGUCUCACGAAGAAGUACAACUUCCUUGAGCCAGACCGCGGGAACCUGGACGACCCAAAGAUCAAGUGGAGAUUCACCAAGCCCGACUAUACUCAGGCGAACCUCGAAUACAUGAAGGGGAAGACCAAGAACCACCCCGCGGGCUCGCUGGAGCUUGUGGUGGAGAACCUGGUGAAACGGUGGGAGAUGGAGGCGUCGCACUUCAAGGACCUGGACCAGUGGACAACCAUCAACAAGGAGAGGUACCGCGCCCAGGCUAACGGCGGAAAGGAUUUCUCCGCAGAAGAAGUCUAUAAGAUAGGCAACUACAACUGGCUGAUGGCGGGCUGUAAGAAGGAGUUGUACGACGCUGAGAAAGAAGACUUCGAGUCGUCCCAUCGCCACUUUCGCGGGGCCUUCCCCGCGGGCUUCCCCUGGGAGGUCCUGGAGGUGUUCUCGGGACCCCCCACGGUAGCCUUCAGCUGGCGUCACUGGGCCCACUACACGGGGCAGUACAUGGGCAGUCAGGGGGCGGGAGAACUGCUGGAGUUGUACGGGUUCGGCGUGGUCGAGCUGGACGAGAACACUAAGCUCGUCUCCGUCAACAUCUACUACAAGCCGGACCAGUUCGUAGAGGCUCUCAAGGGGGAUAUCACCCCCGAACAGAUGUCAAAGGGAAAGGCGUUGGUGGGUUCCGGAUGCCCCUUUGUUAAGUCUACCCCCACUAGCGUGUAAAGGGCGUGAAAACCCUACCCAGGGCAAGAGUAAUAAGGAAGUGCUCCCACUGUGACACUGUGUCCAGCAGUUUGAAUGGUGGAUUAACCCCCAUAACCACAUAAACUCAUAAACAUCCUAGACUGUCUCCCAGCCAGAAACUAGAGCGAUAAUAACUGUCACAAGAUUUAGAUAUUCUGUAUUGGUUUUCAUAGGAACACUGGUAUACCAUCAAACUAUGCAGACUGGCCCAAAUAACUGUUACAUAAUCCAAGGAUAUUGCUGCUUUGAUAAUCAAGACAAUAGUAUCUGCAACUUUCAGUUUUUGGAAAAUCAACUUUGUUCAAUUUUCAAGCCAGCCCUGUCAAAAUUGUAUCAAACUAUCUAAAUAUCCCACUCAAAAAUGUUGUCCUGACACAGAUGAAUCAGCUUUUAGUUGGUGUCUAGAAAUAUGACUUGUAACGUUGGUGUCUAUCAACCAUUAUAGACUAUAUAUGGGGCUCUGUACUUAUAACAUUCAACGAUGUCUCACACUAAAUGGCAUUAGUGUUAGUUGUCACUAGUAUAUUAUCGGCUAGGUCCACAUUUCAGCUGAGCUAACUUCUUUAUGUGCUUUAUAUCUAUACUCUAAUUUCUCAUCUGUUGUCUACAGAUUUCAAACAAGGCUUGAAGAGUAACUUGUGCUUAGUCAACUUUCUCAGACAGGUCACCGCUGAAAUGAACUGCAUGGGUGCUAGAAGCGUACUGAAGUCCCGGAUAUGAUAGUUUACGUUUAUCGGAUUUAUAACGGCAGGGUCUGGUCAUUAUAAUAGCUUUACGUGCCUUUUUAAAAAACCGGAGCUUGCCCAGGUAUCAAGUAUUGAUUGUGUCAAAACUGUGCUCUACAUUUCUGACAUUUUAUGCGUCCAAAUGUAUACACUACAUUCCUAAUAAAAAAGUUUGGUCAAGCCA